AUGUCAGCAAACACACCAAGCGACCUGAAGACUGUGGCAGUUGCGCCCCUGAUCCGGAAAAGAAGAUUAAGCAACGAGAACCCGACCAACGCUCCGGUGCAAGGGACGGCAUCAUCAACAUCUGCCUUGAAUCCUCAAGUCAGCACGACAGCUCCUAGCCCAAUGAACCACUCCCAAGCUAGCACUGAGAACAAGACGCCCCGGGUGCAGAUCAAACUGACUUCGAAGCUGAGCUCCACAGCUGCAUCUACUAGCCCAGUCGGUGCGAGGCCAGACACUUCCAACGUGGGCGCAGCCGCACCUCAGACUCCUGAUCACAAUGUUCAACCCAUUAUACCAUCUUCGAGCGCCUCAGAUAACAAAGCCAACGUGCGAGUUCUGCUUGGCCCUCUGUUGGACGAAGCUAUCGCCGCUGUUGGUUAUACACCUAAGGAGGGUGGUAGCCGACGGGACUACAUACUCGACUCCGCCAAUCACAUAAAUCACCUGAAGGAGAAUAUAAGCACAUUAGAGAGCCGAGCAUCUGCAACUGAGAGCAAGUUGAGAUUGUCGGAGGAGAAAGUGGUAUCAUUGCGCAGAGAAGUUGGGAACGCCAACAUGAGAGACGCUGAAUCGAGUUCAGAAGCCAGAAGCCUCAGUAACCAGCUUGUCCUGAGCUCCAGGAAGUUAGCAGAAGAGAAAAGAAGCAACGCUCGGGCCAUCCAAGAAAGAGUUGCAGUUUGGACGGACAACCAAUCCUUGAACGCCGAUAAUCGCGAACAUCUAGCCAAGAUUGCAGGGUUGGAAAAGCAGGUCAAGACUCUUCAGAAGGAACUUACAGAAAGCACACAGCUCCGUUUGGAAGGAGUAGACAGAAUCGAUACACUGGAAAAUCUGUUGAGGGACAGCCAAGCCUUGCCCCGAGCAUUGCAGUGUAUACAAUAUUGUUUUGCAUAUUUGGUUAUGAUUUUGUCAUUCUUUCCAAAGUUUGGCCGGUCUUGCUAUGAACAUCUCCUCCCACACCUGCCCACUAUCAAAGCAUACGCCCGGUCAUGGUUUCACUCAUCUAUCUCGGCCAUUCAGUCUUUGCCUGGAAUGAUCGGCUUUUGUAUCUCGAUGAUUGUUUGGGCAGCUCCGCCGACUUUUUGGUUCAUAUGGUCAUGGUUGUUGAAACCAUUAUGUGUCGCUAUCUUAAGGUUGUUGAUAGGCUUAUGGAGUCAAGCUAAAACCUGCGUUGUACAAUGGUUUUGGACUUUCUGCCAUAGAGUUCAAAUCACUUGGGCAGCAGUUGUCGCGUGGCCAUCUACAAACAGGUGGAAAAUCUGGACUGCCGGUUUAACCAUCUUACUCUUCAUGGUACCGACUGCUCUAAACCUUCUCAGUUGUGGGCCAUUUAUGACACAUCAAGCCACUACAUAUUUCAUGCACCCACAUACCUCUACACCGGUCUUGUUGCCAACCUGGACCGACUCUCGAGAGCAGGUCAUUCUCGAUUUCGCAAAGUCUUGUCCAGCUUUCGGCCAUGUCUACGGAACAGUUCGCGAUUGUUUCAUAGAGUACGAUGAGCGGCGUUUAGUGGUAGGGAUGUCUCACACGAGUAUGCUCCCAAUUAUCGAAGAACACAAGAAGCACGAAGCAAGAUUAGAGAAGAAGCUUGCGAAGAGACCAGCCAACAAAUCCUCUCAGCGUUCCGAUGUCCCCGAGAACAGAUGGCUAAGACCGCUCGGUGUCUCUGUUGGCAUCUUCGUUGUGGGCAUGGCUGUUCGGGCCAUGAUGUAA